AACGUUUAGAAAUCGGCAGCAGGGCGCAAAUGAACGGUUUCCUCAUCCGUAUCUCCUCUCUGUUUCACCGAAUCCGAUCAAUCUAGGGUUUUUAUUACAGUUUCUCCGUAAACAAUGGCCUCCCCGUUGAAGAAGAUGAUAACGCUCAGGAGCUCCGACGGAGAGACCUUCGAGGUGGAGGAGUCGGUGGCCGUGGAGUCGCAGACCAUCAAGCACAUGAUCGAGGACGAUUGCGCGGACAGCGUCAUCCCCCUGCCGAACGUCUCCAGCAAGAUCCUAUCCAAAGUGAUCGAGUACUGCAAGAAGCACGUCGAGUCUGCUGCUGCCGCCGGCACCGAGAACGACAAGACCGCCGAGGAUACCCUCAAGGCUUGGGACGCCGAGUUCGUCAAAGUAGACCAGAGCACCCUCUUCGACCUCAUCCUGGCGGCUAACUAUCUGAAUGUCACGGGUUUGUUGAAUUCGACCUGCCAAACUGUUGCCGAUAUGAUCAAGGGGAAGACUCCAGAGGAGAUUCGCAAGACAUUUAACAUCAAGAAUGACUUCACCCCAGAGGAAGAGGAGGAUGUUCGAAGAGAGAACCAGUGGGCGUUCGAGUGAUUGCUUUUCGCUGUUAUUUCUUAGGGGUAGUAGUAAUUGGGUAUAUGCUCAUGUUUUAGUAUCAUCGUAUGUGUAUUUACCUUAGAGGGAAGAACAAAUCCUUUUGGUUAAGUAACUGAACUAUUCCUUCAUGAUAUAAUGGUAAAUACCCUCUGAAGAAUAUCUAUUACU